CAUGCCCACCAAGCCCAGCACUAAAUUCAGACAGGUUGAUCGGGGAUUGAUUGGUUGGCUGAUCUCAAAAAGCGCAAUGUUCCAUCCGACAAUUUAAACGUGAGAUAACUGCGAAAGAAGAUUCCAGAGAGGUGACGUUAUCCGAAUAUGCGUCCAACCUUGCUCACAUUGCUGCAGUUUUAUUACCAGUCCCGGUGGUAAGCUCAAUGAAUGAUUUAUUUCAUCAGGCGGUACUCCAUAGCAUGGAAUCCCCAAGGCUCCUGCACCACCUGCUCCUGCCUCUCCUUCCCCAAAUUAUACUGCUAAUACUUGGCCCAGCGUACGCUCAAACUGUAAGCUUGGGCUCCUCCCUCACUGCUCAGACUGGCCAAACCACUGCCUGGUUCUCGCCUUCUGGUGACUACGCUUUCGGAUUUCGACCUUUCGAAACCAACGUCAGCCACUUUCUGCUCGCGAUCUGGUUCGACAAGGUAGAAAACAAAACCGUAGUUUGGUAUGCACGUCGAUGCCGACCGGUGCAAGCUGGGGCCACAGUGGAGCUCGCCACCGACGGGAAGCUCUCGCUCAAGGACCGUGACGCCAAGGAGGUGUGGAAUGUCAAAGCCAACGGUACCGUUACUUACGCCGCCAUGCUCGACAACGGCAACUUCGUAUUAGCGAGCGGCGAUGGCUCGGUCCGAUGGCAAAGCUUCGAUAACCCCUCUGACACCAUCCUGCCAUCCCAAGUUUUGGGUCCGGGUAAGGAGCUCCGAUCCCGACUAACGGACGCCGAUUACUCCGGCGGACGCUUCGAGCUCAGCAUCCAAAGCGACGGCAAUCUGACGUUCUAUCCAGUGGAAAUUAUUUCUGGCUUAAAAUAUGAUCCUUACUGGUCUUCCGGAACCGGUGGAAAUGGAUCACAGCUUGUGUUCGAUGAGUCCGGUACCGUCUACUUGGCUCUCACCAACAACACCGUGCUCAUCAAUUUCACGUCGGGGAUGAUAGGCUCGAUCGGAGAUUUCUACCAGCGGGCAACACUGGACCCCGAUGGGGUCUUCAGGCAGUACAUCUACCCCAAAAACACGACAACGAGCGGUGGUUGGACCGUGGUGGAUUUCCAGCCCCCAGACAUCUGCCGAGAGCUCACAACGACGACAGGGAGUGGUGCCUGUGGGCUCAAUAGCUACUGCGUGUCUGGUGGUGGAAAUCGGAGCGUGGAUUGCGAGUGUCCACCUGGCUAUUCUUUGGAGGACCCAAGCAGGAAGUACAAAGGAUGCUUUCCAAAUUUUACAGCUCAGAUCUGUGGAACGAAUGAGUCGGUGACAGAGACCCUGUUUGAAUUGAGAGAGGUGAUCAAUGUCGAUUGGCCUUUAUCUGCCUAUGAGCAUUCGUCUCCCAUCGAUGAAGACCGAUGUAAAAGGAGAUGCUUGGGUGAUUGUAACUGCGCCGUCGCCGUUUACCAGGUGGACGGUAGAAAUUGUUGGAAGAAGAGGCUUCCUCUCACCAACGGAAAGAUGGGAUCCUAUGUGGAUAGAAAGGCUUUCAUCAAAGUACCCAAAGUAUCCAAAGAUUCCAUAAAGGGUGAUUCUAGUAAGAACAAGCCAGUGAUUGCCAUAGUCAUUCCCUUGGUGUUGGGAUGUCUCCUGUUGCUUUGUCUUGGACUGCUUGCGUGGAAGAAGAUUAGAAACCAUGGGGUAUCACAUGAUUCCCACUUGGAUGAAAGCGGAGGGAAGGACCUGGAGUUACCUUUAUUUGAUUUGUCCAUGAUAGAAAGUGCUACCAAUUUCUUCUCUGCUGAUAAUUUUCUUGGAAAGGGUGGGUUUGGGCCGGUCUACAAGGGUCAAUUGGGAGAUGGACAGGAGAUUGCUGUCAAGAGACUGUCCAAAGAUUCUGUGCAAGGCUUGAAUGAGUUCAAGAAUGAGGUCAUGCUAAUAGCCAAACUUCAACACAGAAACCUUGUAAGGCUUCUGGGAUGCUGCAUUCAGCACGAGGAGAGAAUACUGAUCUAUGAGUACAUGCCAAACAAGAGCUUGGACACCUUCAUAUUUGAUAGAACGAAAGGUAAAUUGUUGAAUUGGCAAAAGCGUCAUGAUAUCAUUAUAGGAAUUGCUCGAGGACUUCUUUACCUUCAUCAAGAUUCAAGGUUAAGAAUAAUUCAUAGGGACCUCAAAGCAGGCAACAUUUUGCUGGAUAAGGACAUGAAUCCGAAAAUUUCAGACUUUGGCACAGCAAGAAUUUUCAGAGGAGAUCAGAAUCAAGAAAAUACAAGAAGAGUAAUUGGGACAUAUGGGUAUAUGUCACCAGAGUAUGCAAUGGGCGGUAUCUUUUCAGUGAAAUCUGAUGUCUUUAGUUUCGGUGUUAUAGUAUUGGAGAUCUUAAGUGGUAAGAAAAAUAGAACGCUGUAUGAUGCCGAAUCUUCUAUGACGCUUUUAGGACAUGCAUGGGAACUAUGGGAGGAGGGUAGAUGUUUGGAGCUGCUUGAUGAAGCAAUGGAAUGUCCAUAUCCUGUGUCUAGAGUAUUGCGAUGUGUGCAAGUUGGUCUCUUGUGUGCUCAGGAAGGGAGCAAAGAUAGGCCAACGAUGGCAGAAGUGGUUUUGAUGUUAAGCAAUGAAGGUGUGGCACUACCCCAGCCCAAACGGCCUGUUUUCUUCUCAGAAAGAACUUUAACAGAUAGAAAAUGGUCUUCCUCGGAGCAAAAUUCAUGUGCAGUAAUUGAGAGUACAGCUACAAUGUUUGAAGGUCGAUGAUCUACAUGUCCCAACAAGUAUUUUUGAUAAUUUUACCACUUGAUAACCAAAAUAUAAGUUGACUGUGUUGGGUAGGGUUGACUCUGUUAAUACAAAAAUUAUUAAUUUGCAUGGUAGGAUGGACUAUCUUGAAAACCUGACUUCUCCCAGCUGUAUUAUUUCUUAAUAUGGCCAAGAAAUUUGCAGUCUUUGAUAGAGGGAGAAAGCAAACAAUAUUCAUUGAUUAUUUUCCAUUGUAAUGUAGUCGGAUUCAUUAGAUGGCUUUACACAA